AUGACUCAGAAGGCCAGUGGGACCUGCAACACCAAUUUCAAGAAGACCCAGGAGCUGGAGCAGGUGACAAAGGUGUUAGAGGACUUUGUGGACGGGAACCGUGGAAUCCUGAGAAAGUACGUGGCUCGCCUGGAAGAACUCCGAGAGGCUCUGGAGAACUCCCCCUUCUUCAAGACCCACGAGGUGGUGGGCAGCUCCCUCCUCUUCGUGCAUGACCACACUGGCCUGGCCAGGGUCUGGAUGAUUGACUUCGGCAAGACAGUGGCCCUGCCCGACCACCAGACGCUCAGCCACCGGCUGCCCUGGGCCGAGGGCAACCGCGAGGAUGGGAAUGACUGUAAUCACGGCCUCCUUGCCAGCCCCCUCCAGGCUGCAGGCUGGCUCCCGGAGGCCUGGGGAAGGUCAGCUUCAUCCCUGGUGCGUCGGAGAACCAGCCCUCACCGUGCACAAAGGCAGGGGCCACCUGUCUGCCUGGGAGAGUUCUGGCCCCAUCCGUUCAUCCGGGAGCCAUUCCAGCGCUGACACUCGGGGGAGGGUGUGAUGCCAUGGGGCUGGGCUGAGAGCUGCUGCCGUGGGGCGGGACCCAGUUCUCCCUGUCCUGCCCUCCCCUGGCCCCAUGGGAUCCUCCCCGCUCCUGGAAGAACUCUGCUGACCCCCUGCAGAAGUCAGACCACAGCCACGUCGCGUGCCCGGCACUGUGACCGGCACCACCUCGCGCCUCGGGCACCAGCCUCAGCCUUGGGACUUCCUCCUCCCACCCCUUACCCCCUUUCCCUUGCUCCUAGCCGGCUGGUGGCGGGAAGGGCUUUCAGCCACGGAAAAGCAGGUUUGGGAAGCAGAGCUGCCUUCCUCCAGGGGUGCAGGGUAGGUGGGGCCGCUGGCUGUGGCCCUGGGGCUUGCGGCCUGCUCCAAACCAGAGACCCUAGCGCCGCCAUGCGUGGGUGACGCCCCUCCAUCCCCCUCCUCCUGCACCUCUACCUUUGGCUCCCUAGCUUCAGAGGCUGGGAACCAGGCACCUCCCUCUUCCCUAAGCUGAAGCUCGAACGUGUCUUCCGGGCCUGAGGAGGUGUGCUCCUUUUCUACUGACCACCUUUAUACUUACUUAUCCGAGAGAGGUAGUCGUUAGCUGGGGCAGCGUUCCGAACAGGAGGCAGAAUCGCUUCACGUGCUUUCCCCUCCAUGACGACGCCCCAAUAAAUCGCACAGUCGGUCAACUUUA